AUGUUCCAACUGCCGACGAAAGCUCGGAUUUCUCGGCUAGAAGCCGAAAAUGAACGCCUUCGCCAGCAGCUCAAGACGACGGAAAGCCAUUCGAUCUCGGAAAGCCCGGGUCUUGAUUCUAGUCGUGACACACCACGCCAACAUGCGCCCGAAUCUCCCACUUCGACUUUCCAGGAGCCUUCUGAUGCCAGAAGUCGGGACAGCGCGAAGUUGAAUCGCCCCCAGUCUACGGUUUCACGAAUCUACAUAUCCGCAAAUGGGGACUCCAGCUACCAUGGUCUCACGAGCACUCUUUUUGACGAUGCGCCGACGGACAGACGUGGUCAGAUGCGGGCAACUGGCCCACUUAUCCCAGUGGAGCAUGUCAAAAAGCGGUUGAUGGGGGAAGCGGCAUAUCAAAAGCAGCUUGAGAGCUUGAACCUAUCUGAGGGAAAGCUCGAUUUCGAUGGGGUCGAGCCGGAGCUGGGCAUGCACCUAUUGUCCCUGCACUGGAAUCGGCAACAUCAUUCAUUCUUGAUCACUCAUCGGCCUUCCUUCAUGCGAGACAUGGCGACAAAUGGCCCUUAUUUUUCCAAGCUCCUGCUCAAUGCGAUCUACUUUGGUGCAUCAAAAUUUAGCAAUCGCCCCGAAAUUCGUCGAGAUCCCGAUGAUGUGCGGACCGCAGGCUGGACUUUUCGAAUGAGAGUCAAAGAGCUCCUAGGUAGCGCUCUCGAUCGAAGUGAGAUCACCACUAUCCAGGCAUUGCUAGUUAUGACAAGCUCGUUAUUCGCCCUGGGAGACGAACGAAGCGCUGCGUGGUUAUAUGCAGGAACUGCCUUUCGAAUGAUUAUUGACCUGGGCAUGCACGUUGACGCUACAAUGUUACCUAACAUGCGCCGCAUCUCUGAUGAAGACUUAGAGGUUCGGCGGCGUGUCUUCUGGGGAGCAUUUGUAGUGGAUAAAAUACAAUCUCUGUAUCAAGGCCGCCCGCCUAGCCUUCAACACUUUGACACUAAUGUUUCGCUUUCGUUCCUUGACAUGUACGAAGAACUUGAGCAUUGGCAGCCAUUCGCAUAUUCGGGCAACCAGUCUUAUCCUGGAUCUCCAGCAUACAGCAUCUCAACAUUUACGGAGUUGUGCAAACUCUCACUGAUCCUGAAUGGGAUCUUGAACAAAGUUUACUCAGAAAGAAGCUCCUGCCGAUCUCCGCAGGGUCUUCUCACUACCUUGAAUUCAUUGGAUAUGCAGCUUAAGGAAUGGCAUGAAGGGCUUCCAGACCAUCUACGCUUCAGCAGCAGUACAGGCCAGGUCACGCCGCCACCUCAUGUUGUCUCUCUUCUGGCGCUGUACAAUGUCUUGCUAAUCCUUCUUCAUCGGCCAUUUGUCGCCGAGGGACAUCUCCAUCCCACUGAUAUAUCCAUUGCGAUUUCCUCCUUUGGCAUAUGCACAUCUGCCGCAAACUGUAUCGUCAGACUGCUCCAAGCUUAUGACCAGGCGUUUUCCAUCAGGCGGGCACCAUAUCUGAUAUCCUACGCCACAUACGUUGCGGCGACAAUCCUUGUUCGGGUAGCGGCGCAACGCGAGGGUGGAAGCCAGGCUCAUGCCAGUCUUCGUGUGUGCAUUGAUAUCUUCAAAAAGAAUCAGGAGACAAACUGGGCUGUUCGUCGAGCAGAGAAUGUAAUUCUCCACUUGAUGGAUAGGAUGGGCGUCCAGUUAGAUGUUCGCGGUGAUGAUCAAAACCAACACUCUGUGGAUCCUACUACCAGGCGUUUAGAGGAGAUUGAAGGAAGGGAAAGCCGAGAAGAAGAGGACACAUCACAACCAAUUGGCUUCCUCAAUCAGACAUCUCCAUCUGGAGAUGCCGAAGCCUCCGAGCUGGAUAUUGACAUGAUAAUACAAAGUUUCAUCCGCCAAAGUACUAGACCUGCCGAGGGCCAGCCUUAUCAUCAGCCAGUCGACACUUUAAUUUCAACUCUCGACGUGGACCCCUUCAAUGUCCAACAACCACCUAUGCCGACUGCCUUACCGGGUAAUGAAACAUUGUCUGAGUACCACAUUGAUGAAGAUAUGCUAUUUGGUUUCAAUGGUUCUCUGCAAGAUAAUAUGCGAUUUUAA